AUGGAUCCUCCGCCACCACCGUUCGCCUCCAGCAGCUCGCCCUCGCCGCCGUCGUCCUCGUCCAGCGCGAGCAUCACCAUGGUGAUCAUCACCGUCGUUGGCAUCCUCGCGGCGUUCGCGCUCCUCGCCAGCUACUACGCGUUCGUGACCAAGUGCCAGCUGCUGCGCGCGGUGUGGUCGCGCCACCCGCCGUGGCACCGGCGCGCGCGGAGGGCCGGCAUCGGCGGCAGCCGGGACGAUCCGUCGUUCGUCGCAGGCCGCGCCUCAGAGACCGAGGACGGCAGGCGGGGCCUGGGCCUGCCGCUCAUCCGCAUGCUCCCCGUCGUCAAGUUCACGGCCGCGGCCUGCGACACCGACGCCUGCGGCGGCGUGGCGCCGAGGAUAUCCGUGUCGGAGUGCGCCGUGUGCCUGAGCGAGUUUGUGGAGCGGGAGCGCGUCCGGCUGCUGCCCAACUGCUCCCACGCCUUCCACAUCGACUGCAUCGACACGUGGCUGCAGGGCAGCGCGCGCUGCCCCUUCUGCCGCAGCGACGUCACGCUGCCGGCGCUCCCGUCGGCACGCCGCGCCCUGUCGGCGGCGGCGGCGGCCCUCCCAAGGCGCCGCGACGACGCGCUCGCCAGCGACAGCAUUGUGAUCGAGGUACGAGGGGAGCACGAGAGAUGGUUCAGCAGCCACGGGACGACGACGACGACGACGGGCGAUCGUCCGGCCGCCGGCGGCGGCGGCGGCAGCGGAAGAGGGCUCCGGCACCCGAAGCAGUCGCCGCGGCGCAACAAGGCGGAGAGCGUCGGCGACGAGGCCAUCGACACGAGGAAGACGACGGACGCGGAGUUCGCGGCGGUGCAGCCCUUGCGGCGGUCCGUCUCCCUGGACUCCUCCUGCGGCAAGCACCUCUACGUGUCCAUCCAGGAGCUCCUCGCCACGCAAAGGCAAGUGCGCGAGCGCGAUCCGUCCGUGCAUUCAUGA